UUAACCGCGAUAACUUGCUUUUUGGCUUACUUUUUCUUGCGUUCUCGCAUCACACUGCUCGAUUUUUUUGACAGCGAGAACUGUCAAGAGCAAAUGACAGUUCUCGUUGUCAAAUUAGUCGAGCAGUUUGUUUUGCUAAAUUUUUCUCCGUCACCGGACGGAUGGUGGUCAAAAAAACGGUGGCGCCCUAAAAGGAGGAAGCAAGAUUCGGCUUAAAAGAAUGCAACUUCCGGACGGAACAUUAAUGGAAACGAGCGUGUUCCGGGGCCGGUGUUGGGUGCGAAGAGCCUGCCAACGGAGCUGUACGACGAUGAACCUGCGGAGAGCAAAACCGGUGGAGACAGGUCAGCCGUCGGAACCGUUUCCUGCGCUUGCGAAGGGUUCGAGACGGAUCGGUCUUUCGUCUAUUUCGUGGUGGGGACAGCCUUUUCAGUGCGGGAGUUUGCAAAAAGGAUUGGCCAGGAACGGCCGCGAAGUGUACGCCGGGAAUCGAAAGGCCGCGCUACUGGUGGCGAGCAGUCUGAUGGAACAGAGGAGUACAGUGGUGGCAACCUGGAAGUGGCCAUUGUUAUCCUUGAGCUGGCCGGAAUCUCUCAGAGCUAAAGCCGCCGACCAAACCGAGCAGCGCGACCUGCUACAUGGUGACGGCAUGAUUGAAAGACUGACCGUGGACAACUAUAACGAUGCGUAG